CCUUUAGUUCCUUUCAACAACAUGGGGCAGAGCUGCAUGUCCUACUAAAUUAUCUCCCUAACUAAAGUUUGCUUUAAACCUUUCAAUCGUCACUUCUCAAGAUGGCAACGGUAACAAGCCAAACAACAGAAACAAGUUCUACGAUGGAUUGUGAAAAGAACGCAGAUUCAUUCGAAGAGGUUAAAUAUAAAAAGACGCAAAAACGUAAACGGGAGGUCGGGGCAAUGGAAAUGGAAUCAGAAGAUACGAUAGCAAGGAAAAGACCCCAAUUUCCAGCUAUUUCGGGAGAUAAACUUAUGGGUGGCACAGAUGAGACGAGGAAGGUUGCUGUACCCGCUCACCGCUAUACACCACUCAAAGAGAACUGGCUAAAGAUUUUCACACCCAUUGUUGAAAAUUUACAACUGCAAGUCAGAUUCAACCUCAAAACAAGAAACGUUGAGAUAAAGACAUGUAAAGAAACGCAGGACAUCGGUGCCCUCACAAAGGCAGCAGACUUUGUGAAAGCAUUUGUGUUAGGAUUCCAAGUUGAGGAUGCUUUAGCUCUCAUCAGAUUGGAUGAACUAUUUCUGGAAACCUUUGAUGUCACAGAUGUGAAACCCCUGAAAGGAGACCACUUAUCUCGAGCAAUUGGAAGAAUAGCAGGAAAGGGAGGGAAAACAAAAUUCACCAUUGAGAAUGUCACAAAGACAAGGAUUGUGCUUGCAGACACGAAGGUACAUUUACUUGGGUCUUUUCAAAACAUUAAAAUGGCACGGACAGCGAUAUGCAACCUAAUUCUGGGGAGUCCACCAUCAAAGGUCUAUGGGAAUAUCAGAGCAGUGGCAAGCCGAGCAGCAGAGAGAUUCUAACAUGAAGAGUUUGUUCUGUCGCUUUUCCUGUUGGUAUACAUGGCCUUGGGUUGGUAACAGACCCAUGAUCUUUGAGGUGGACUCUUUGCCUCAACUAUGUGGAACUGUGGGGGAAACAGUCGGAUUUCCCAACCAAUGGACCUUUUUGUGACUUCCAUGAGGGGAUACUAUGAAAAAGUAUUUACCAGAAGGAAAAAUGAGACGGAGAUCAACUAUUAAACAGAUUAAAUGUUUCAAGUUUA